UGCUCGAUAAAGGGCAAUGCUUUCUACAGUAAUGCAGUGUGUACUCCACCCCCUUUAAUUUAGAAAAAUCAGCAAAUGCAUGUUUUCAAUCAGAAAGUACAUAACUGGGUUGCAGAAUUGCAGAAACCUGACAAGACCAUCUACCAUGAAGAAUCAAUCAUGACUGGGCAUACAUUGUUGUACAUCCUCCCCUUAUCGGAAAGCCUUUUGGACUGGAUGAUAUUGAUGUACCUCAAUUCAACAUCAAUAUCCAAGUGCAUUUUGAAGUACCUGAGCAAUAAUGUUUUAGACAACUUGUCAGCUAGUAAAUCAUUUAUCUUUUACAUAGCAAUAAACACAUUGCAAAUAACAAGUUCCAUAACAACUUUUCAUAACAAUCAAUUUACAAGAGUCAGCAUGCUCUUUCAUCAUCAUACAAGGUGACGUGUUUAAUGUGCUGAAAACCAUUAACAAAUGAUAAAAGCUUCGUUAACAGGCAAGGCCACACCCAUGUGAAGUUAAGAUAUUUGAUCCACUAACGCACUGUUUUUGUAACAUUUGGGGACCUUAGAUAAAUGUUUUACCAUACAUAUAAUGAUAUAUGCUACAAAUUGGCAUACAGUAUUUGCUUAAACAAGUGAAUCCCCCACUUGACUAAUUGGAAUUCAAUGCUCACAAUCAAUGAAUAUUACAUAAGCAUAUGGCAAGCAUUUCCUAUGAAAGGUGUUCUUAUGCAAUUUCCAUUUGUUAUCAGCAUCAAGAAAAACCUAUUUUAUAGCUAAUUAGUAGAACAGACACUGACAGAUUAUUGCAAUAUACUGGUAUAUCCAUUAACCACGCUUUUGAGACAAUAACAGCAUACCCUUUACCUUACUGACGCAAAGCCUCCCUAUACCAGAAUACCUCAAAAAUGUGAUGACUUAAUACAUCCAUUCAAACUUCUUUUGUAGCUACACAAUUACCAUGUAUAGACUGAUAACAUGUCAAGCCAUGCCUCAGACUGAGUUGACAUAAUGAUACGUCCCCUUGACAGUGACAUUGUGUCUAAGCUGCGGUCUGGUGUUGCAGUGGCUACAUAUGCUCAGUGUGUGGAGGAGCUGGUACUUAACUCACUGGACGCAGGUUCAACCUGUGUUGCAGUAAGAGUUGACUUGAUGUAUAAUAAGAUUCAAGUGGUAGAUAACGGGAAUGGAAUUGAUCCAAAUGAGAUGCACCUUGUUGGAGAGAGGUACUCCACCAGCAAAUGCCAUGAGAUAACUGAUCUAGACAACCUCAGGUAUUAUGGAUAUCGUGGUGAGGCUUUGGCAAGUAUUCGAGAUAUAGCUGCAAUCUUGGAAAUCCAGUCAAAGACUAAACAGACUGGUAAUAUGUAUUACAAGAUCUUUCGUAAUGGUAACCUACUGGAGAGUGGAAAAUCAAAGCAACGACGUCCAAGUGUAGGAACAACAGUCACAGCUCUUGACAUGUUCUACAAUUUACCAGUCAGAAGAAAAGGUAUGAAUGUAUCACUAGAGAUGGAAAAAAUCCGCAACAGAAUUGAAUGCAUUGCCCUGAUACACCCAAAUGCCUCUCUUUCACUAAGAGAUGACACAUCAGGGACCAAACUUCUGCAGACCCAUAAGAGUAGCACAGUCAUUGGAGCAUUUACUCAUCUGUUUGGAUCCUCAAAGGCGAGACACCUGAAGAAGGUAGAGAGCAGAAACGGUCAGUUUCAGUUACAAGGCUAUAUCAGCAAAGAAGGACAUUCAAAUCGCAAUUUGCAAUUCAUUUACAUCAAUGAGCGGCUGUUGCUUAAAACUAAACUACAUAAGUUUGUGAAUCAUCUACUUUCUAAAUCCAUGAUUGUAAGGAAGAGAACCAGAAUAGAUGAAAGACAAAAGGGGACCCCUGACUAUACUGUCGCAACAUCAAGCCCAUCAAGACAGGUGGAUAGGUAUGGGAUUUUUGUGUUAAAUAUUACUUGCUCCCUCACAGAGUAUGAUAUCACCCUUGACCCUGCUAAAACAUUAGUAGAAUUCAAGAACUGGGAUGGAAUCUUAGCAUGUAUUCAACAGGGAGUGCAGGGAUUUUUGGAAAGGGAAAAUCUACUUAUGGGGUUGGAAAAACCAAAAUCAGAGAAUGAGUCAGGGAAAUUGAACUUGGAUGGUUUGUCUGCUGAUGGCGAAAUUGUCCUAGUUCCACCAGACAGUGCCGAAGAUAGAGAAAAAUCAGAGAAGCAGGGUGGAGAAGAAGCCAAUGCCAAGGGUCUUGAUCUAGAUGCUACUUCAGGAGGAGCUGGAGCAAAAAAAUGUGGCAGCAGUAUAUGUGCUUUCAACACAACCAAUAAUUUGGUGUCUAAAACAGUGAAAAGAAAACUCCCACUCACAGUGUCUCUUAAUGAAAAAGUAGAAGGAUCACCUAAAGAAAUAAAUGAGGCAGAAAGCUUGCAUUCAUGUGGAUCAAGUCAGGGCAGAAAUGUUCACAGCAUGGAAAAGACUAGUCCUCUUCAAAUUACACCAGAAAAGUCUGGAACCUCCUCUCAGCACGGUCUUGAAAAUCCUACAUUUUGUGGCCUUUCACCAGAGUCUGGCAGUGAAGGCAAAACAUCUGAAGAUUCAGAAGAAUUACCAACAAUAAGAAAACCUAGAAAAAAACCACAGAAACAUUCAUCUGACACAGAGUGCUGUUUGUCCCAAAUGCAAGAAGAUUCAUUGAAUCAGUUUCUUACCCCAUAUUCGAUGAGUAACAAUCACGGUGAAGGAAAAAUGAAAGAUGAUAUAGGGACAGAAAGCCAAGGGCAAAAUGAUAUUGAUUCAAGUUCUGGUCUCUCUGUGUCUUCUGAAGAAAUCACACCUGGACAAGGUACACCAAGGGUAACACAUUCUAAACUCAAAUGUUUAACCCCAGUAGUGAAACCUGCUGAAUGUUCUGGUCCAAACUCAACAUGUAGUAGAGAACCUAUCUCAGAAAGAAAAUCAGAGUGUGAUAAGUGCAGGAGAGAUCCAUGUGUAUGCAUCUCAGGGCAGCCUUUCUGUGAUAAAGACAAAAAGCAUGGAGACAUAAAGAAUUUGACAAUUGGAUGUGAACAACCAUCUGGAUUGACACCGUUGAAGAAACUACGUCAAAAGAUAUCAGCUAGAGAUAAGAAUUCCACAAAAUCUAGCAUAUUCUACAGAAGUUGUGUUCCUGGGACUGAACCAUUUUCCCAGGAGAAGGAUGUUACUGCUUCUGCAAGCAAUCAAAAUGCCAAUAGUUUUAACAGCUCAGAUCACUUUCAGAAGAGAAAGAGUAUUGAUAAUACUGAGGAAAGCUGUGCAAAGAAUACAAAUCAUGAUUUGCCUAAAAAGAUAAUGACACUGACAGACUUGCGCACUCUCAACAAAAUGAAAAAUUCAAACCAGUACAGCAGACCAGACAAGCUUGUUGAACUGAAACCACUGAAGAAAAUCAGAGAAAAACUGUCAAGUUUCAAGAGGACUGAAGGAGUUCAGAAGACUAAAGCAGAAGAUAUGUAUUCAACUCCACAAGAAUUGAUUAGGAAAGAUGGUAGUAUUCCUCCUCCUUGUACCCCAAAACUUGGGUGUGCUUCAAAUUUACAUCAUUGGAGCUCUUCCCAUGAUUACAGUGCUAGGAAAAAAGAAAAUGAAACUUGUCAUACGGUGAGACAUUCCACACCACUGACCACUGCAACAGAAAAAGACUCCUUUGGAAUUCCUUCAAUCUCAGUUAUUCCUCGAGAAUGUGAUGAAAAUAAGAGAAUUGAUAUGCAAGAACAUUAUGAUGGUUGUCAGUCUGACAUCAGAAAUCGUAAUGAUUCUUACCUUCAUCAUUCUUCAAUUAUCGAUGAAAGUGGCAAACAAGGAGGUGUUUCCUUGGUCAAUAGCCUGAACUUAAUGACUGCAGAUGCUACAGUUAACAGAAGUAGUCUCAAAAAUGUCAGCUUGUUUAAAGAGCCAUCUGUGGACACAUUUCAAAACUAUGCCUUUCCUUCCAAGAAAAAUUACACACCAGAAAAUGAUCUCACUCCUGUGCCUCCAUGUACAAACUCUUAUCCUGCCUGUGAUUUAGCCUCAUACUGUCAAAGUUUCUACAGAGACAGGUUUGGCCCGCUCUGUCUGGAGUCUUCUGUGCAACAAGCAGUGAAAAUUAUGUCCUCAGAUGACUUACUGCAUUCACUAGGAAACCAGAAUGAUAUUUUACCAUAUGGGAAUGAUCAUGGUGGUAUAAAAAAACAAAAUGAUCCACCGCAUGUGACACUGCCAUCUGGUGAUCUUCCCUUUAAGUCCUAUUGCAAAGAUGAAUCUUUGUAUCCUCUCUCCACGUCAAAAACAGACACAUUGAAAAACUGUAAUCUGUGUUACACCCCAAAAAAGAAGGACAACAAUGAUGACAACAGUACAUUGCUAAGCAUUGCCACAAAACAGCCUAGCACUGGCAUAUGUGGAGAGCCCAAUUCUUUUGAAAACAUUGACAAUUUGACACACAAUGACUUAUCCACCAAACUUAAAUCCAGACAUAGAUCACCUGGUGAAAAUACUAAUACUAUACCCACUGCCUUGGCUGACUUUGAGGGUCUAUCAGAGAUCUGUGAGUCACAGGGGUUCUCACUGACAGGACAGGCAGUGACUGAUUAUUUGGAAAAGGGAAUGGAUGUGGAUCUUGCCAUGGCAGUAAGUUCAACCCAACCCUUUAACCUGUCAGAUAUUUCAAGUGGUAGUGUUGGUGAUAGUGGUUUUAUAUCUACUUCAUUUUCACAUGACUACAAAGCUGCAAGUUUAUCUAGGAGCCUGGAUGAUUUUUUACCUCCACCCACAAUUGCCAGGUUUCAGCAGUUUGCAAUCCCAAGAACAGACAGAAAACAUUGCGACCAGGACAUGAAUAAAGAGGAUGAAGACAAGUUGAACAUUACAUGUGAAAUAAAAAGGUUGUGUGAGGGGAAAGGAAGAAGGCACAGUCCAGAAAACCUUCACAUGUUUUCAUUACCUCCUAAAAUAGCUAGACUUACUGAGCUGGAUCACCCAAGAGGAAAUGCUGACAAAAAUAUGAAGAUGAAUUAUCAGAGCAGUGUUGACCUUAUUGAUGUAAUGGACACUUCUGAUCCAGAGAAUUGGAGCCAUCAAGAUUGUGAAUCACUUACCACUCAGGUGGAGCCUACAGAUAGUUGGAUUACAGGGGAUGGAUGCCCAGGGGAUAAGAAGUCAAGUCAGCAGUCUGGUCAAGCUACAGUUAACCAGGAUGGUCAGAUGACAAUUGGUCAGUGUGAUGAAAGAAAAAGAGGUGAUAUCUAUGUUGACCAAGAAGGCCUAGUGGACAGAGACCAGUGUGACAAAGAUGAUGCUUCUACUGGCAGAUCUGAAUCAGACUCAAAGGUUGGCAAAGCAGAGACACUAAAAGCCAGUUCUGUGCCAGAGACCAAUACAGUGCAUUGUGGGUUUGGUCUUCUUAGUCAGCAGUGGAUUUGUAGGAUUGAUCCCAAAACAGGAAGAACAAUCUAUGUCAACCGUGUAAAUGGAAAUACCACCUUUGACAAACCAGUGACAGAUUUGCCACAAGAACAAAAUGGUGAUAAAACUGCCUUUACCCUUGUAAAACACCACAAACUUCUCACAGACAAUGCAGAUGCUUUCUUGCCUGCAGUCCAAAGAAGAGAGAAGACCACCACAGCUCCUUCACUGUCUCCAGUCUCACAGGAGAGUUUGUCAGCUCUGUGGCUCCAGCACCAGGACCUGCAGGAAGAGGAGAGCACUGUAAAAUGGAGGGAUGCUGACUGUAAAAGAAAUUGUGACAGUCUCAGUGGGGAGGUGCAGUCACUGUUGGAUAAAUGGGAGAAUCCAGUCCUCAAAUCUUCUGAUCAGUCUAUUCCAAAUCUGAAUGUGUUUGGCACCCAGAGUGCUGGCAUUUACCCAUUCAAAUUUACCAAGGACAUGUUUAACAGGAUAGAGGUGGUUCAGCAGAUUGAUAAUAAAUUUAUUGCCUGUAUGGUAUCCUUGAAUCAAGAAUGUUCAGCCAUGCCUACACCGCCUGUGGCAGAGAAUGCUUCAAGAAAAUAUAAGCAGUGAGGAAAUAGAAAGUGAAAACAAUGGAAUUAAACAUUCAUGAAUAUUAACUGAUACCCAUUUAAGGUGUUAUUUAUCUCCAUGUUGCAUUUGUUAUUGUUUGUGAAGUACAGUUUGGCCUUCGAGUGUCCAAACAUAGUAGUCAUCCAGAUCUCUGUCAUGCACAUUGGUGAAUGAAAAAAAAUGUAACUCUCAUGUAAUUUUCCAUAUGACAUUGAUGAAUAAAGAGUAAUUACCCAUUUCACUAAUUCAAAGUGAAAUUGUCUGUUUUUUAGU